CUUCUUCUUCUUCUUCAUCCUUCGUUUUCCUUUGUUCUAUAUGACCCAGAAAGAAAACAAGACACAAAAGGGGAGGAAAAUUGGUUAUUUUCCCGAGAAAAUCCGAAGGUUUUGUUUCUCGGAGUGAUGAGACCGAAACAGACGACUCGGACCGGUAUUCGGAUCCUCUGCAAACCCGUCCACCACUCUCUUCUCCAUCUCCGAGCUGUCUUCUUAUUCGUUCCGACUUAAAUAGCUUCUCAGAGUAAAUUCCUUCCGUGAAAGUUCCAUACUUUUUCUGAAUCAAUCGAAACCCAGAAGAGGAAGAGAGAAAAUUUCAUUAUUUCUAUCUGUUUGUCUUUUGUUUCUGUUCUGAAUGUCGUUGUCUCCGUCCAUAUUAUCCGUCUUGUCGGAAGAUCUUCUCGUUCGGGUCUACGGGUUUCUCGACCCGACUGGUCGGAAAGCGUGGCGACUCGUCUGCAGAGACUUCCUCCGGAUCGACUCGCUGAGUCGGACCUCGAUCCGAGUCCUCCGGAUCGAGCUCUUCACUGCUCUCCUCCUCAGGUACCCAAACCUCUCCUCCGUCGACCUGUCGGUAUGCCCGAGAGUAGACGACAGCGUCGUUCUGCGUCUGGCUCUAAACGGCCCGGCCUUGAGGUCGCUGAACCUGAGCCGAGCUACGGGUGUCGGAGCGAGGGGCAUGGAAACGGUGGCGCGUGCGUGCCAAGCUCUAGAGCGCGUGGACGUGUCUCAUUGCUGGAGAUUCGGCGACUGGGAGGCGGCGGCGCUGUCGGUAGCGGCGGGGCUGAGGGAGCUGAGGAUGGACAAGUGCUUGGGUCUAAGCGAUGUCGGAUUGGUCAGGAUCGCCGUCGGAUGCAGUAAGCUGGAGAAGAUUAGCUUGAAGUGGUGCAUGGAGAUUUCCGAUCUGGGAAUCGAUCUUCUCUGUAAGAAAUGCAGAGACUUGAAGUCUCUCGAUGUGUCUUAUCUCAAGAUUACGAAUGAUUCAAUUUGCUCCAUUUCUUCGCUGCCUAAGCUCGAGGUUUUGUUAAUGGUGUGCUGCCCUUUGAUCACUGAUGCUGGUUUACAGUUUCUGGAGAAUGGCUCUCCUUCAUUACAGAACCAUGAACAGGAGAUCGACGUAACGAGGUGCGAGCGUUUGAGUCUGUCCGGAUUGAUAUCUGUACUCAAAGGCCACCCUGAUCUUCGACAGUUUAGGGCCGGCCAUACUGUAUCCGAAAUCUCCACGAGCUUCCUGCCGUAUAUCAGAGCCAUGAAAAACCUCGAGACAAUCAUCAUCGACGGAGCUUGUAUCUCUGAUUCGUUUCUCAGGAAACUAAGCUCUAACUGCAGGUUCUUAACCGAGAUUGGACUGAGCAAAUGCAUCGACAUGACUGAUAUGGGCGUGAUGGCGCUUGUGAGAGGCUGCGUAAACCUGAGAACUCUUAAUAUGUCGUGCUGUGGAUCCAUCACAGACCUGGCAUUAUCCGCUGUGGUCGAAUCUUGCCAGUAUCUACAGAUUCUGAAGCUAGAGUCUUGUAAUAUGAUCACCGAGAAAGGUCUCCGUGGGAUUGGCCAUUGUUCUAAGCUUCUCCAGGAGCUUGAUCUCACCGAUUGCUGUGGCAUAAACGACAGAGGCCUAGAAUAUAUCUCUCGGUGUUCAAAUCUGUUGAGAUUGAAACUCGGGCUUUGCACAAAUGUCUCGGACAAAGGGCUCUUCCAUAUCGGGUCUAACUGUACGAAGCUUCUAGAACUUGAUCUGUACCGGUGUUCUGGUAUCGGAGAUGAGGGUUUAGCUGCUUUAUCCCGUGGUUGCAAGAGCUUAAACCGGCUCAAUCUAUCGUACUGCGACGAGCUUACUGACACCGGAGUGGAACACAUCGGCCAACUUGAGCAGCUCGGUCAUUUAGAACUUCGAGGAAUCAAGAAGAUAACCGGAACUGGUUUAGCCACCAUCUCAUUGGGAUGCAAGAAACUGGUUUACCUGGACUUAAAGCUGUGCGAGAAGAUCGAUGACUCGGGCUUCUGGGCACUCGCUUACUUCUCCAGAAACCUACGACAGAUAAACUUGAGUUACUGUUCGGUUUCGGACACGGCCCUAUGCAUGGUGAUGAGCAACCUGACUCGGCUACAGGACAUGGACCUGGUGCACCUGAGCAAUGCCACCGUGGAAGGGUUCGAGCUCGGGCUUAGAGCCUGCUGCACUCGCCUCAAGAAGCUCAAGCUUCUAGCCCCUCUCCGUUUCUUGCUCUCAUCCGAGUUGCUCGAGAGGCUCCACGCCCGUGGCUGCCGCAUCAGAUGGGCUUGACCCGUGACAUCGUAAACCUUCACCAUCAAGAAGAGUUUAAAGGCGUCUACUUUCGGUUAUUUUGGUCAGUUCACUAAAUCAACACACAAAGUUUAUAUCUUUUCUGUGAGCUUGGUUGGAAUCUGUGGUCGCUGAUAAACUUGCAUCUCGCUUAGUUCGAAUCUUCAUGGGUUUUCUUUUA